GAAGCAGAGUGACGCACAUUGUGAGACAGGAGACAUGAGCAGCAGUUUUGUUUUCUCUGCCACCGGCUGUCAUGUCUAAUGGAUAACAGGUUUACUAUAAGGGACAUUUUUAAAUUUCAAGGGAAGCCAGUAACCUUUCCACAUCAUUAGGGUCUAUGAUAGAUUAUUUAUACAGCACAUGUACACCUAUUGAUGUAUGUUUUAUUGUACAUACAGAAUAUGUGCAAUAUAGUGGCAAGCAGCACACGGUACGAGGUCAUACAUAUCUAGUACUCAAUUUUUAAUGUUAUAGAGAUAUUCACCUCUGACUAUUUACUAAAACAAUCUACAUACAUAGCGUGCAACGUUGUUUGGUUGCCAUGGACCGAUCAUCAGUAGCAAAAAUGGGAGCUGUGGCCAGUGCCAGUAUGUGUGCUCUGGUUGGAGGAGUGGUGCUGGCUCAAUAUAUCUUCACUGUGAAGAAGAAAACUGGAAGAAAAACGAAAAUCAUAGAAAUGAUGCCUGAGUUUCAGAAGAAAACGGUCCACAUAAGGGACCCUGCAAAAGUAGAAGAAAUAAUAUGUGGACUCAUAAAAGGUGGCGCUUCUAAACUCCAGGUAAUAACAGAUUUUGAUAUGACAUUAAGUAGGUUUUCCCACAACGGAAAAAGAUGCCCAACUUGUCACAAUGUUAUUGACAACUGCAAAUUUGUAACCGAUGAAUGUCGAAAAAAGUUAUUUCAGCUAAAAGAGAAAUAUUAUGCUAUUGAAAUUGAUCCAAAUCUUACAAUCAAAGAAAAAUACCCAUACAUGGUGGAAUGGUAUACAAAGUCACACGCGUUACUCAUCGAACAGCGUCUGCGGAAGGACAAAUUGCCAGAGAUUAUUAGAGAAUCUGACGUCCUGCUCAAAGAAGGGUAUGAAGCAUUCUUUGAUAAACUCAAUGAUCACAGCAUACCGGUGUUCAUUUUCUCAGCGGGUCUUGGAGACGUAUUAGAAGAAGUUAUACGUCAAUCUGGAGUCUACCACCCAAACGUUAAAGUUGUGUCCAACUUUAUGGAUUUUGAUGAAAAUGGUGUUGUAAAUGGAUUUAAAGGAGAAUUAAUACAUGUCUACAACAAACAUGAUGAUGCUUUGAAGAAUACGGAGUAUUUCAGCCAUUUGAGAGAUAACAGCAAUAUAAUUCUGCUGGGAGAUUCAUUAGGGGAUUUAACUAUGGCAGAUGGAGUUCCAAAUGUGGAAAACAUCCUCAAAAUAGGAUACCUUAAUGAUAAAGUAGAAGAAUUGUUAGAAAAAUACAUGGACUCCUAUGAUAUAGUCUUGGUCAAGGAUGAAACUUUAGAUGUGGCCAACUCGAUCAUACAGAAGAUUCUGUAAAAUACAUUGGGCCGAAACACCAGCUUCAUUUGGACAUCUAAAAAAUUGCAUACGGAUAUUUUUUUUUUUUUUAACUCGUUUAGGGAAUUCUGUUUUAUAUCUUUAUUUAAGUAUAUUUAAUGUAGCCAUUUUGAAAUUUUAAAGCACCUUACUUUCCAGUAUUUUGUGGUUUGUAAAGUAACUUCAUCUUUUUGUAUGUUUUGUUGUUUUACUUUAAUGAAAUCUGUGCAUUGCCUUCUGCCUAUAUUUACAGUUUGGAUAGAUGCAAAAGCAUCUAACCUGAAAACAGAAUGAGUUUCAUUCUACCUCCAAAAGUAUGAAGAUGGAAGUGAUAAUGUCUUUUCACUGGCACUUUAGGUGUUUGUGUAUUUUCCAAAGGCCAAAUAUUGUGCAUGUUUAAAGUGCAGUGUGUAUGUGUUAAAAGCUAUGCAAUAAAACUAUACAUAUUCUGUA